AUGGCCUUGAUGGAAGGAUGUAGUGCUAUGUUGAAAAGUAAAAUUCCCCCUAAAUUAAAAGAUCCAGGCAGCUUUACAAUUCCAUGCUCCAUUGGUGGGAGAGAUGUGGGAAGAGCUUUAUGUGAUUUGGGUGCUAGUAUUAAUCUAAUGCCCAUGUCGAUUUUCAAGAAAUUGGGCAUUGGAGAAGCUAGGCCAACCACUGUUACCUUGGAAUUGGCGGACCGGUCGAUGGCUCAUCCGAAAGGAAAAAUUGAAGAUGUACUAGUGCAAGUUGACAAGUUCAUAUUUCCGGCUGAUUUCAUUAUUCUUGAUUAUGAAGUAGAUAGAGAUGUACCAAUCAUAUUGGGGAGACCAUUUCUUUCUACCAGGAGGACUUUGAUUGAUGUACAAAAUGGAUAA